AUGUCUGAGGGGUAAAAGAAAUCAAAGAUCACUGCAUCUCACAGACUAGCGCUCAAGACCAAGAUGCUGAAAAUGGCAGCUGUGAUGCUGGAGAAGGAGAAGGAGGAUAAGAAGCUGGAGAGAAAAGCUACUUUGAGUGAGAGAGUCCCUCCACUUCAGCUUUCUGGUUUGUCCAUUCAGGACCUUCAGGCUCUGUGCAAAGAACUGCACCACAAGAUCGAUGUGGUAGAUGAAGACCGUUACGACAUUAAUGUCAAAGUGGAAAAAAAUAACAAGGAGAUUGAAAAUCUUUCUCUGAAGAUCUUUGAGCUGAAGGGUAAAAUGAAACGACCCGCUCUCAAGAGGGUGAAGAUCUCAGCUGACGCCAUGCUGGGAGCUCUCCUGGGCUGUAAGGUCAAAGAGUCUGUGGACUUCAAGGCCAACCUCAAGACCGUGAAGAAGGAGGAGGAGAAGAAGGAGGAGGUGACUGACUGGCGUAAGAACGUGGAGGCCAUGUCUGGUAUGGAGGGCAGGAAGAAGCUGUUUAAUGCUGGACAGUAG